UUUUUCUCCUUCGCAUUGGCGACGAUUAUCCUGUUUUGCGGCCAAAUGCUAUGUGGAAUAACUAGCAAAACAACUCGAGGGGAAUUUGAGUGAGGAUCUGGGGCUAACUUAUUAUUGCAAGCUGAAGUCUCAGGAGCGGUUUUUAUCCGUGAGGACCCUGCUGAGGAUUUGCUUCCGUUUUACAGGCUUCACUCGUAUGAAAACAUCAAAGACUUUAUAGGACACAUAUGGAGCUCAAUGGGCGCCUAUGCUCCCGCAGUCAAGCUGCCUCCAGGGCCGAGUCACCGGUUGCCAGCAACGCCGCACACGCCGUAUGAUUGCGGAGAGCUCGCACAACCGCCCACACAACCGUAUGGAUCCGAUAAUGGCUUAAAUUCAGGGAAAUGGCAUUACGGGAAUUUUUUUAUUAUCGGGACUCGGGAGUAACAAGUCGUUCAACAAACCAUAUGAUACUCCUCCUUCGAUGGUACAGCCAAACUGGAAUACCAAUGCCUAAAAAUCCCCAAACGGCGGACUCUGCGACUUGAGUCUUCUAUGAUAGUUCCUCGCCGCCUCUGUAAGCCUUCAAAUUGUUUUAAAGUUCGUCUCCAGAUCCGUUAUCUCUGCGGGGUUCCUACUCCCAGGCACCAAGCCUGCCAUUGAAUCAUCGACCAUGUCAGCUAUCCCAAAUUCCAUAAGAAUCCCAUUUAUCCUGCAUGGUUUCUUACCGACCCCCUAGGAGUCGCCCCCCCACCUCGUCUAUCUUCCAUUCCCGAAGUACGGCCAUGGCAGGAAUUGCCCAAGUCGAAGCAGUCGAGAUCGCCGCUCUCAGUCAUGUCAAGAAGAAUGAGCUUCUCGACGAGAAACAUUCUAUGCAGUCUGAGCGCGAGCUGGACGGGAUUCACGAUGACCUCGACUUCCCAACCGAGGAAGAGAAGGCUACACUCCGACGGGUGGCUGACAAGAUGCCAUGGGACGCUUAUUUGAUUGCGACCAUAGAAAUGGCCGAACGUUUUUCGUUCUACGGAUGCUCGGCUGUAUUCACCAACUUCGUCCAGCAACCUCUACCAAAAGGCUCUCAUACAGGUGCUGGCUUUGCUAAACAAUCUGGCGCUCUAGGUCGAGGUCAACAGACCUCGACGGGUCUCAGCACCUUUUAUCAGUUCUGGUGUUACGUUACUCCACUUCUCGGUGCUUACAUCGCCGACACCUAUCUCGGUCGUUACAACACCAUCUGUGUCGCCGUGGUCAUUACCCUCAUCGGCCACAUCCUUCUCAUCGUUGCCGCCGUCCCCGGCGUCAUUGAACAUUCAAGUGCUAUCGGAUGUUACGUCGUCGCUCUGGUCGUAAUGGGUUUCGGCACGGGUAUGUUCAAGUCCAACAUCUCUCCUCUUAUCGCAGAACAGUAUAAACGAACCAAACUGUUUAUACGUGUCGAGAAGAGCGGAGAGAGAGUCGUCGUCGACCCCGCUAUGACUAUCUCCAGAGUAUACAUGUAUUUCUAUUGGUUUAUCAACUUCGGCUCCCUAAUCGGUUCCAUCGGGAUGGUCUACUCCGAAAAAUACGUUGGUUUCUGGCUUGCCUACACUCUCCCCACCAUCGUCUUCCUCCUUUGUCCUAUAGUCCUCUGGUACGGUCGUAACCGAUACGUCCGUUCGCCUCCUCAGGGAUCCGUCUUGGGUAAAUCUCUCCGUCUUUGGUCGCUCGCUGCCAAAGGCCGCUGGUCAUUGAACCCUAUCAGGACGAUAAAGAACCUGAAGGCUGCAGAUUUCUGGGAAAAUGUGAAGCCAAGUAAAUUGGAGAGGGAGGGAAGGAAACCGGCUUGGAUGACCUUCGAUGACCAGUGGGUCGACGAAGUAAACAGGGGUUUCAAAGCCUGUGCUGUGUUCGCGUGGUACCCCAUUUUCUGGCUUCCUUACAACCAGAUCAACAACAAUUUGAUCUCUCAAGCGGCAACAAUGGAGUUACACGGGUUCCCGAACGACGUUUUACAAAACAUCGAUUCGUUCAUCUUGAUUCUCUUUAUCCCGAUUCUUGAUCUCCUGGUCUAUCCAUUAUUCGCCAGACUCGGCCUCAACUUUACCGCACUCAAAAAGAUCACCUGGGGUUUCUUGGUUGGCGCCGCUGCCAUGGUAUGGGCUACUGUCAUCCAAGACCACAUCUACAAAUCAAACCCCUGCGGAUCAUUCGUAAGCAGCUGCGAAACACCGGACGGCGACCCCAUCACCUCCACACUCAGCGUUUGGGCCCAAAGCGGAAGUUACAUAUUGAUCGCCUUCAGUGAAAUCUUCGCCUCCAUCACAGGUCUCGAAUACGCCUUUACGAAAGCACCCGUGAACAUGAGGAGUCUCGUCAUGUCUGUUUUCUUAUUCACGAGUGCUCUUGGCUCUGCUCUUGGUGAAGCUUUCGUUGUGCUUUCUGAGGAUCCGUUGUUGGUGUGGAAUUAUGGAUCUAUGGCGGUGUUGGCGUUUUUCGCGGGGGUAUUUUUCUGGAUUACGUUUAGGAAGUUGGAUAGGAGGGAGGAUGAACUUAAUGAGAUGCAGACUGGGCAUUUUGAGGUUACGAAUCAUCGGGAGGAAGCUGCGAGAGAGAAGGCUUAAUUGACGUGUUGUUUCUUGUAUCUCUAGCUUUUUUUUCUUCUUCUUUGGGCUCAACCUCUUUUUGUUUUGCCUUUGUGGAUUUUGACACCACAUAGCAAUGAUAGCGAUGAUCACCGUCCGAUGGAUUUUCCCCAUACCGCACUUACCAACCAACGUCCAGUCGUGCUCUAUAUCGUCGGAGAUAUUUUGAGCGAGUGAGAUCCAUCC